AUGUGGGAGGGCGCUAGGGGGCGGCGGUAUCGAACGUGGGCGCGCCGCCCCGCGCCACUGAAGCCCUACAGCGGAACCAGUCUGCGAACAGACCUCGUGCGCGGCUGUCGUGUCUCAUUGCUCCGCUGCAUGAUAGCCGCGCAGCUGACGGAGGUGGGCGCGCGCGUGGCGGACGUGCGGCAGUUCGCGGCGCGCGAGUGCAGCGCGCUGUGCGCGAAGGCGGCCGCCGCGCCGCCCGGCCCCGCGUCCCGCGAGGUGCUCUACGCCGCCGCUUACGUGCUCUCCGAGUAUUGCACGGAAGAGUCAGUGAUGCGCGAGUCGAUCCCGGCGGUGCUGGUGUGCGCACGCGCGCACGCGCACGGCUCGGGCGGGAUGCGCGCGCGCGCCGUGUGCGUGCACGCCGCGCUCAAGCUGCUCGCCAAGCUGCUGCUGCUGUACGAGCAGAGCGGACGCCGGGAGGAGGCCGUCAGCAUCAUCCAAGAGACGUUAUCUGGUCUCAAGCCACUGCUUUGUAGCGAGGACAUGGAGGUACAAGAGCGAGCUCACAAUGCAACUGCAUUACUGUCGCUGGUGUUGGCUCGAAUCGACCCAGACAGCUGUGUGCCCGAUAUCACUAUUAAGGAUUCAGUUAUUACUGACACGCUUGUGCAGCAUGAGAGCAAUGGAUUGGAUAAAGAGGAUAAUGUUGAAGAAUUGCUUAAUGGUGAGAAGACAUCAAGCAACUUUAGUGGUGGUAUGAUUGAGGAGUUGGCGAGUUUGUUUGAGGGCGAGUUAAAACCUGUGGCGCCUAAAGCACAGAAGAAAGUGCCAAUGCCUGCCGAGCUGGACCUCGAGCAGUGGCUGUCCCACUCGCGCUGGUCGUCGGAGAGCUCGAGCUCGGAGGACGAGGGCGCCGCGCUGUUCGCCGCGCCGCCCGACGCGCGCCCCGCCACGCACCGCACGCACCUCACGCACCUCACGCCCGACGAGCUUCUGAUGCUUCGGGAAGCGCGCAAGCAAGAGCAAGCGAACAACCCGCACUAUCUGAAAGACGACUCGCCGCGCUCUUACCAGCAGGAUGACAUUCCUGUCGCGGAGAUAGCGCUAGAGGUGCCCUUGCAAAUACAAUCUAAGAGAUCUGAUCAGUACUUAAUAUCGAGAGAAAGCUCGAAAAAGGCGAAGAAAGAGAAGCGGCCGUCGAAGAAACGAAAGAGCAAGACUGAAAGACAUUCCACUGAAUCUGAUAGCGAUGAGGGCUCGGAGGCGCGCGGGCAGCGGCGGCCCGCGGUGGAGACGGGCGGCGAGCUGCCUGAGGGCGCCGCGCCCUCCGACGACGAGCCGCCGCCGCACGACGACCCGCACCGCGCGCUCGACCUCGACCUCGACGUGUGAGUGCACUGUACACUC